AUACUUGUCCCCAGAUGGUAUCCAGAACAUAGGAAGUGUUUCAUUAAAUAUUUACUGGGCAGAUUGAGCAGAAAGACCCUCUCGUGGAGGGUAUAGGCUGGGGACAAGUGAAAAGAGACAGUGACAGAGACACACCCCUCCCACCCCGCAUAGCCCUGCUUGGCCUGAGCCUCUCCCCAGGGGCCAGGAGGGGACACCUGCUGACCUCCAACCGGAUCCCAGACUGUGGCGGGUGGGAGUCAGCACAGACCUCCCUCCGAGAGCCGGCGGUUACAUUUCCAGGAAUGUUGUAGCUGUUGUUAAGCACAGCCAUUAGCUAGAAUUAGAUUAUAUCACUUAUAACAAAAUAUGUUAUAUCAAAAACAAAGAGAAGGAAGCCUGGAAAUUCAUCAUGCCCUAGUCAGGUUACUACAUUUUGCUAUAUAACCACAUCCUGCUGUGCAGCUCUUUCCAAUUCUGCGUUCAACGACUUCCUCGUGUUGGUCACCGGGGUCGGAGUAUUUACACCAUGGAUUUGGCAAAUGCUACCAACCAGGGGUUUUUUUUGCUCCAGAGAGCUGGCUGUUAGGCGUUCACCAGCAAGCAGGGCGAGAGCAGAAGGGUUUGGGCUACUGUCCCCGGGGCCUUUGGGAAGCUUGCCGGAUGUGUGCGGGUUGUCACAGUGGGUGUCUAAUGUUGCCACAGAUUAGUGACUGAGGGCUGGGCUGCUAACAGUUACAGAGGAAAGAAUCUUCCCACAUCCCCAAGACUUGUCAGCAUCCUGAAGGGCAAACAGGUGAAAAAAAAUCCAUGUCUACCCUCUGCCCCCAGAAUCUGCUUUGUGUGCGUCUCCAGGCUCCACCUGCCCCUUUCUUCCAGGUCACUAAAUCCCAGGGGACCCAGGUCAUUGUCCCAUAGACUGUCCCACACUCUGGACUCGGCUGGUCUUCCUGACGGUGUCUAUUCUCUGGCAACCUUAUCCUCCUGUUUUCUGAAAACUGUUGAUGACAGUGAGAGGAUUCGUCAGAUUCGGGUUCUCCUUUUUGGGGGAGGAUUUGUAGAUGGUGCAGCGAACCUCCUGUAGCCUCAGUCAGGGGCCCAGAGGGACCGCUUGCCCCUCUUUCAGUGUUAGGAUUGUUGGAGGCUCUGGGGGUCCCCACCUCAUCCCUCCCCAGUAAACUUCCUGCUCAAUCUUGCACCCGAUUUUGGAAGCCAUAGAUAGGCAUUAUCUGGACCUCUAAUGUAUCCUUAGGGGAUGCAAAACGGUCAUUUCCUAAAAAUCUUUUUUGAGAGAAGGCAAGCUGAGAAGAGUUGCUAUUUGCCAGGUAUUUUCCAAGAUUCUGGCCUGUCUGGUUUCAAAUUCCAGCUUCUACAACUUUCCAACUGUGUCAUCUGGUCCAAGUCACUUCAUGUCUCUGGGCCUUCGGCUUAUUCACUGUCAACUUCACAGAACUGUCACGAAGGUAGAAUGAGAUUUGUAGACUAGGUCAAUGCUCAUAAUUGUUUGCCAAAAUCUAGAAUUAGGGCCCUGAGAGGGCGCAGUCAGGAAGAACGUGGCCCAGCUGGACUGUCCCCUCCUCCAGGCUGCCUUCCCGGGUCUAUUCUCAGCUAGCUUCUGUGAAGGAGGGAGGGGCUCCGGGCUCACCUGGUUCCCGCAGCCGGGACGCCCCGCCUUCCGCUGGCGGUGGGAGGCCAGGCAGAUCCUGGGCGGGGCUUUCCUGCCUCCAGUGCAAGAAAGUUCAGAGGUUUCUGAAGGUGAGGAGUCCACCCCAGAGGGAGGGAGCACACUGACCGGCCACCAGUGCAGGAAAAUCCAGAAGUUUCUGAGUGUGAAGAAUCAACCCCAAGGGACGGGAGCCCACUGAGCUGCACCCUGAGGUAUCUUGUUCGCUCCCUGAUUCCAAGCCUGCAGCCAGAACCAGCCAUGCUGAGCACUCAGGUGACCCUCUUCUUCCCUCUGGCUCACUUCAUCCUCUUUGUCUUCACGGCUUCCACCAUAUUCCACCUCCACCAGCGCCUAGCAAGGAUUCAGCUCACAUGGGAGUCAGAGACGCCGGCGCCCACAGAGGAGCCCGCGAGCCACCAGCCAGGGGGCAUGUGGACCAUCAAUGCGAUAGGCCGCCUGGGUAACCAGAUGGGCGAGUAUGCCACGCUGUACGCCCUGGCCAAGGCCAACGGGCGGCCAGCCUUCAUCCCGGCUGAGAUGCACAACACACUCGCCCCCAUCUUCAAAAUCACCCUGCCCGUCCUGCACGGCACCACGGCCAGCAGGAUCCGGUGGCGGAACUACCACCUGAACGACUGGAUGGAGGAGCAGUACCACCACAUCCCGGGGGAGUACGUGCGCCUCACCGGCUACCCCUGCUCCUGGACCUUCUACCACCACCUCCGAGACAAGAUCCUCCAGGAGUUCACCCUGCAUGACCACGUGCGGGAGGAGGCCCAGAACUUUCUACGGGGUCUGCAGGUGAAUGGGACCCGGCCGGGCACCUUCGUGGGCGUCCACGUGCGCCGGGGGGACUACGUUCACGUCAUGCCUAACGUGUGGAAGGGCGUGGUGGCUGACCGGCGGUACCUCGAGCAGGCCCUGGACUGGUUUCGCACUCGCUACGCCUCCCCUGUCUUCGUGGUCUCUAGCAACGGCAUGGCCUGGUGUCGGGAGAAUAUCAAUGCCUCCCAGGGGGAUGUGGUGUUUGCUGGUAAUGGCGUUGAGAGCUCGCCUGCCAAGGACUUUGCGCUGCUCUCACAGUGUAACCACACCAUCAUGACCAUUGGGACGUUCGGGAUCUGGGCUGCCUACCUUGCAGGUGGAGAGACCAUCUACCUGGCCAAUUACACCCUCCCAGACUCUCCCUUCCUCAAAGUCUUUAAGCCAGAGGCGGCCUUCCUGCCGGAGUGGAUUGGGAUCGCCGCCGACCUGUCCCCACUCCUCAAGCACUGACCUUAGCCCGCCCUUGGCGCCCCCGCUCCUUUUCUGGCUCCCCCAAGAUUGGUUCCGUGGCAUGAGGAGCACGUGGUUACAUGUGCCAGGACCCUUCCCUCUCGCGUGAGAAUGCUUCAGGCUGCAGACAACAGAAGUCCCAACUAACUUGUUUACACAACACAUUCAUGUGUCUUGCACAAGACAUGAGGUGGCCCAUCUCCAGAGUUUGUUAAUCCAGCAGCUCACAACGUCGUCCGUGACCACAGCUCCCUCCAUCCUGUUGAGUUGCCAUCGUCUCCUCUUAGACUGGCUUCCUCGUGGUCCCAGGAGGGCUGUCACAUACCCGGGAGUCACAUGCAGACAGCCUCUUCCCGAGGCAGCAAAAAAGAGGUUCAUUCUUAUCCUAGGUUCCUUUGGAAGAGUGAAGAAAACAUUUCAAAGCCAACCGGUAACUGUGCCCCAUAUGUCAUGGACCAGGAGGGUGCCACAUGCCCACGUGACCCAUUAUAAGGCAAGGUGAAUGAGACUAGGGUUGGCUUAGCCUGAGACCAGUACGUCUUUGCCCCCUACAGUGGGGGAGCAGAUCAGCCUUCUCUGAAGGGCACGGUGGCCCGCAGAAAGAAAAUCAGGGUGUUCUUGCCAAAGAAGAAGGGAAGAACUAUAGACUUCACAAUAAGGAAGUCCUGAAUUGUUAAGCAGGUUGUUCACUGCACAAAGGCACCUGGCCAAGGAGGCAGCUGGGGCUUAAUCUAUUUAAGCUCACAGUCUACGCUCCAAGCCAUGUGUACUUGGGACUGGGUCCACUCAGAGGGCUCACUUUCGUCCAGUUAGUCUGCCUAGAAGGGGGACCUUUUUUCCAGUUUUCACAAACGUGCCAUGUUGGCUAGUAGCUGUUGUGCAUGCAAGACCAUGUGCCCCAUCCCGGCAACCCCGGCAUCUUAGGGCCUAGGAGGAGGGUUAUUGUUGACAACUCAGAAACCAGCAUGCUCAGUGAACUUGAGGAAAGUCCAUUCAUUUUUCAGUCAUUGUUUGUAGCAGUGGACCUAACAGAAUCCUUGCUCUCAAAGACUGCCUUAACAAAACACAGUGGUUUAAAACAACAGCCGUUUACUACUCCCCACAAUUCUGUGGGUCAGCUGGGUGGUUGUCUGCUCCGUGAAUUGUUGUCUAGGUCUCUCUUGCAGCUCCGUUUGAAGGAGCUCAGAUGGUGCAUAUCUGUCUCCUCCAUGUGGCCUGUCUCGCAGGAUAGCCUGGACUUCCUCACAGCUUGGCAUUACACUCGUUUGGGGGUACAAUCUUGGAGCCUCGGUUCCUCAUCAUCCCAUAAGAAGUCCAGUUAUCUGAGGCCACCAGGCUGUGAGAAAGCCCAGUCCCACUGAGAGGCCAUAUACAGGUGCUCCGAUUAACAGAGUUUUGCGUAAGCAUUCACCAUGGGCCAAUUACCUGAGGCCAUGGGGCAGGAUCACCUAAGAGAAACACAGCUUCCGUGUUUGUAUGGGAGUUGGUUCCAGCAGAAAGAAAGAAUAUAAAGAUUAGGAAGAUGCUCCAAAAAUGGGUCCAUAGGGAAAAAAGAUUUGCCACUCGCAGUUCAGGGACUGAAGUUAGUCACGUGGUCACACCCAGUUUCAAAGAGGGCAGCCCCUCCACAUGCCCCAGAACACGUGUGCACAGCUCUGAUGAGCACCUCACGCCUCCCUGCAGGCCUCCGCAUUCUCUCUGGGUGGUUCCUUUGGGGCCCCUUUCCUUAGGCGUGGUACCCCUGGGAAUGUGGUGCCCAAGUAAUUACUAGGCUAAUAGUCUUUGUUUCAGUAAUUUCAUUAAGGCCUCCCCUUUCAAAUUCCCUGCCUUAUUUUGCACAGUUGGAAUGGAUGGGUGGCAGUGGCUAGACUAGGUUUUACUCUUUUGAAAGGAAAUAAAUAAAUCCUACGUUAAUUUGUUUAUUAAUUUA